CACACCUCUGCGGAUCGGAUCAACGCUUCCAACUCUUCAGCUGCAGUAAGAGUGGGAGGCAAGUGGACGCCAGAAGAAGCUGUACAGGAGCAGAGUGAACGCUGCAUGUGCGCCACGAUGGGGACGCCUGGAGGGGCGUUCUUUCUCCUCCUCGUGCUGAUCGCCGCAAGGAUUUCAGCCGUCCAGUUCCCGUGUGGAGGCACCACAUGUCCAGCACGCAUGGACUGCAUCGAACGUGGUGGGAAGACGACCUGUGCCGACCCUUGUGACAGCUACACUGACCUGAGGGACGACUGGCGUUCCACACAAUUUAGUACCCAAUCAAGCAAGUGGAGAUGUGACAAGAGAGUUGAGUGGAAGGGCUGGUGUCGUCUGUUCCUGGAGGACAAGAGUGCACAUAUUCCUGAGACAUGUGGAGUAGAAAGCUAUAAGUGUGGAACCAGUGGACCAGUGACGAUGGUAGAACCUCAUCCCACACAGCUGGGUGAAAUUGUGAUUCGGGACGUGUGUCGUUGCUCUGGUGGAAAGUGCCACCCUAGCGACAGACACAGCAUCCAUGUCAAGCUGUGCUCCACAACAGUUUCCACCUACUACGUGUACAAACUGGUCAAGACAAGCUUUUGCUAUCGGGCCUACUGUGCAGAACAGUUAGAAUUGGAUCCUCCACUCAUCAGUCUCCUCGAUUGUGGCGCUGACAAAAUCCAAGUGGGCGUGGAUUCAGCUAAGAUGAGACUAAUUGGUCGUGACCCACUCAUUGGCAACCUGAUUGACAGCACGUGUUCCCAGGCCAGGGAGAAAGAUGGUGUGGUGUGGUACGAAGUUGGCGCUCAGGAAGGUGCCUGUAGAAACACACUGAAGACCAACGGCACACAUGUCACCUACUCCAACACUUUAUUCAUCUACCCAGCAAACAGUUCUUCCGUUCUGCCAGCGAGUCUUCCUUUCUCAUGCGAGUAUCCCCUGAAGACAGACGCCAGAUUGAAUGUGGUCAUCAGACCGACCGUGGUGACCAAUAAAGAGGUUGUCCAGCCCCAGGUCCCCGAUGAGCCACCAAGCCAAUCCGGAGCUGCAGAGGGGGUGCCACCACGCAGGGUGGACAAUGUCUUUGUUGGCUCGGGUGCCAAACUGGGAACCUCCAUGGUCCUGUUCAAGAACUCCUUCAAGAACUCCUUCGAUGCAAAGACUUACGCAGCAGGUACGGUGGUCCUUCCGGUGGGCUCAGCGUUAUAUGUGGGGGUCUCUGUGAGAGAUCCCCGCUUGGCGGUUGUUUUGGAGGACUGCUUCGCUUCUCACUCAUCAGACACAAAGAGUCCUGGCCAACAUCACCUCAUCCAAAACAAAAGCCCCACUAACCGCCAGCAAGUGUUUGUGGUUGAGAGCGGCGCAUCCCACCAGGCUCGUUUCUCCGCCCUGCUCUUCUUUCUUCAGGGAAAACACCAAGAUGUUUACCUCCACUGCAGCCUCAGCCUGUGUGACAGAAAGACCACCUCUUGCAGUCCCAAGUUGGAUCCGUCACUCAGUAACCUUAAUUGUGGCUCUGACAAAAUCCAAGUGGGUGUGGAUUUAGCUAGCACAAGACCCACUGGUUAUAGUGCUCUGACUGGCAACCUGGCAGACGGCAAGUGUUCCUGGACCAGGGACAAACAUGGUGUCGUGUGGUACGACGCUGACGCUCAGACGGGUGCCUGUGGAAACACACUGACGAUCAACAGCACACAUGUCAUCUACUCCAACGCCUUAUUCAUCUAUCCAGACAGCUGUACUUCCUUCUUUCUGCCCCUGGUUCUUCCUUUCUCAUGCGCGUAUCCCCUGGACACACCCACAAGACUGAAGGCACCCAUCAGACUGAACCUGCCGCCCAGCAAAGAGGUUGAUCACAACCAGGUCCCUGAUGAUCCAUCAAGCCAAUCCGGAGCUGUGAAUGAGGACCCACCAAGCAGGAUGGAAGGUGUCUUUGUUGGCUCGGGUGCCAAACUGAAAGCCUCCAUGGUCCUGUUCAAGAAAUCAGACUAUGCAGAGCCUUAUGCGGCAGGUGCGGUGGUCCUUCCAGUGGGUUCACCAUUAUACGUGGAGGUCUCUGUGGACAAGAAAGAUCCCAGCUUGGCGGUUGUUUUGGAGGAAUGCUUCGCUUCUCACUCAUCAGACCCUGACCAUCUUGAACGAAACCUUCUCAUCCAAAACAAAUGUCCCACUGACCGCCAGCGAGUGUCUGUGGUUAUGAGCGGCUCAUCCCUCAAGGCUCGUUUCAUUACCUCGUUCAUCCUUGUUGGAGAAUCUGGAGAUGUUUACCUCCACUGCAGCCUCAGCCUGUGUGACAGCAUGACUUCUUCUUGCAUUCCGUCCUGCUCCGGCAGAGCCCGACGCCAUGUCUUCAAGUCUUCUCCAGUAAAGCCACUAACCAUUGGACCAAUCACUUGGGAGAAAUCAUCUGAGUUGAGUUUGAUAGUCUACAUGUAAAUGUCAGAAAAGUGUGAUUGAAAAAUCAGCAUUUUAGGUCCCAAGUGUUCAAUGAUGCUUGUAUUUAAUGACAAAGAACCCAAAAUAGCAGAAAUACUUUGAGCACUGUAAAUAACGUACAAUUGAAAUGUUUCACCGCUGAAGUACACGAUACAGAACACUGACUUUUGGAGUUUGUUAAUGUUCUGGCCUUGCUUUGUUUGGGUUGAAAUAAGCUAUGGAUGUAAAUAAGUAUAUGGAUGGAUUUUUUUUUGUGUUUUUCUACUGAUUUUGUUGCAUAUUGAUUGUAUGACCUGCCAAGGGACUUGAGAAGGAAAGAAGCUGCAUGCAGUUGGAUCUGGUGUAAUGCAUGUCUUUAAGAAUGUGCUCAUGUCCCUGUUCAAUGAACAAUAAAGUGAAUUGUUGCAGAGUC